UCAGUUUUCCAGUAGGAUUUUACACAAGACCAGCUCUGGCCGCGUCCACGGUGCAGCGGUCUCGACUCGAAUUAAAUUGACCGAUGUGUUGUGGCUUGAGGUCGAAGUGGCGAUGGGUAGGCCCGUAGACAAAAAAGGGUAUAUCGAGAAAGAAAUUUGAUUUUUCAUCGACUCGUGCGUUAAUGCAGUGAAUGUGUGUCAAAAGUGUCGUUAGUGUAGUGCUUGCUAGAGGAUCACGAUGACGGAAUUCUUCGGGCCCUGGAGCGAGGAUGCGGGCGAGGACGGCGAUGUGGUGGAGACGGUGGAGACCGUGGAGACCUUCACCACCACCACCAAGAAGACCCGCUCAGCGCCGAAGUCGUCUACUACAAAGACGACUACCAUGACGACACCGGCCAAGCUGUUUGGGCGGGAGCUCUCCUCCUAUGACGAGGUGGAUGUGGACGAACUCCUGUCGAAACUCACGCAAGAGGAACUCACAAUGUUGGCCAAAGAAGUAGACCCAGACGACAAUUUUCUCCCACCGAACCAGAGGAACAACUAUCAGUGUGAAAAGGACCCCACGGGUCCAUUAAACCGUAAGAAGUUAAUAGAACACAUCAACAAACAGGCCCUAGAGACACCAGACCGGCCCGAGGUCAAACCUUAUGUACCUGGUGUCAUUCGGGGGAAGAAGUGGAUACCGCCGCCCGUCCCGGAAAAGUUGCGAGACGCGGAGGAGCAGAUUUCCAUCGACCUCGGCGACGAGUACGAGCAAGCGCUCAACACCGCCUCGCAAGAGGAGAUCAUCGACCUGGCUGCCAUCCUGGGCUUCCACUCGAUGAUGAACCAGGACCAGUACCACGCGUCGCUGCUCAACAAGGGCCAGCCCGUUGGCCUCGGCUGGGACGGCAUCACCAAGGCCACCAAACAAAAGGUUUUCCCAAUGGACCCCCCCAACGACACGGACCCCGAUGACACAGUGAAGAGGGUGCAGGAGAAUGACCAGAAGUUAACUGAUCUCAAUUGGAAUAAUAUUAAGAACAUAAGCGACGAGAAGUUCGAGAAGCUGUUCGAAGCGCUGAAGACGAACACACACCUCGAGGUGCUGUCGCUCGUCAACGUCGGCCUUAACGACCGCACCGCACAGCUUCUGGCUGAUGCACUGCAGGUGAACAGCACGCUUCGCGUGGUGAACGUGGAGACGAACUUCAUCAGCCCGGGCGGCGUCGUGGCGCUCGUGCGCGCGCUGCUGCCCACCACCAGCGUCGAGGAGUUCCGCGCCUCCAACCAGCGGUCGCAAGUGCUCGGCAACAAGAUCGAAAUGGAGAUCACGUCUCUGGUGGAACAGAACCCCACGCUCCUACGCCUCGGCCUGCACCUCGAGUACAGCGACGCGCGCCACCGCGUUGCCAGCCAUCUGCAGCGCAACAUCGACAGAAUACGGAAAGACCUAACGCUGCGACUACAGUUCAGAUUCUUUAACAACCUGCAAAAGGGCGCGCGUAGCCAAUAGACUGUAAAGUACGCCAGCAGCGCCGGAGCCAGAACAACGCUUAGAGCCCUGAACUAUUGUGAGUGGCGGUCGCGUCCGGCGCUUGACGCAGUUCACGCGAAGCCGCAGCUACGUCGUGGGCUGGAUCCCUUAGGCCGCGCCUGGCGUUUGUGAUCGUGUAAUGUGCCGCUUGAGAGCCCUAGUCAAGCUCUGUAAGGUACAAACGGGACUAAUGUUGCCUUAAAAACAAUAUUGCCACCUUAUUACCAGAGUAAAUACAAAUGAGUAGGUCAUCUUCAUAGAAACGCACCGAGCGCGGUUUGUAUGUGAGCGCGCCAAUACGUAUGCGGCGCGCACGCACACACUGACAAAAUUACAAAUACAAACCGCGCCCGUGCGUUUCUAUGAAGAUGACCUACUCAUUUGUAUUUACUCUGUUAUUACCUCAAAAACAAUACUGCCACUUUAUUGCCUUAAAGACAAUAUUGCCACGGUCCAUGUUAUUACCUCAAAAACAAUACUGCCACUUUAUUGCCUUUAAGACAAUAUUACUUAUCCAGUGUAUUGCCAUUGUAUAUUGGUCUUUAUUCCCCUUAAAACAAUACAAACGAUUUUGCGACCGUAUUUUGGACUUUACUGUUCUAAAAGAAUUGCAAUUUUACUUACUUAGCCUUUUGUAUAGAAAGGGGAUAUUUUGAAUAAAAAUACUUGCGCAUACGUGCUAUGGUCUAACACCUAGAUCUUAUGAUCACUGAGUUUUAUUAACCAAUCAUUUUGUGUUUCUAUUCGCAGUUUGUAAAAUAGUUACUUCAUGAAAACUAUUAAAUUAUUCCAACUAUAAAUACGAUAUAAUCGGUUUUGAUUUCGGAGAACAUGGCUCUAUGGUUGCUAAUCCAUUUAGGAUAAGACCGUGAAAUAAUUUCUAAAAAUCUACGACAAACUAUUCUAAUUGAGCACAUUUUAAAUAUUUACUUCAAUGGCAAGAUUUUUAAGGGUUAUUUUAGUCUCAUUGUACCUUUAUGGGACUGGCCGUUCGUAUUUUUGUAAUGUUCCUAAUCUGUAUUGGCUUCGGUAAUUUUUUGUAUCUUUAAGAACAUAGCACUCUACUGUUUAAUGCUCCCUACAACCAUCAACGUAAUUAAAAUUAAGAGAAAUUACAAAUGUCGCAACAUUUUACCAACAUUUGCGAAGCCAUACAGGUUAGGAAUGUUAUAGCUAAUUUUAAACUUCCUUACAUAGGUGUAACGUUUAUAUUAGCUUAAUGUGCUACCUUUAGAAGCUGGUAAGGCUUAUGUAACCUGGACAAUUUUGUAAGUUUGCAGCACACCAACGAAAAAUGUAAGCUCAAAUUUUAUACAGUUUAGCUUUUGUAAAGUAUGUACCAUUAGAUUGCGACAUGUAUCAAGUUUAUAUUGACUCGAACUGCAAAAUGUUUCUAAAUAAGUACAAUUAUUAUAUCUUAUUCGAAUUUUGUAUUACAAAAUUAUCAAUGCAUUUGUGGCAAAUUUUAUAUUCAGCAUUUUAUGCGAUGUUUUAUUACACCAUCACAAAUACCUAGGCACAGAGUGUAUGUGUGUUUGCUAAGUGUGGGUCUGUGUGAAGACAAGAAUUGGAAUUUUAUACACAAAAACAUAAAUGAAAGUUAUGGCUAUUGGUGGCAGGACCACCAUUAUUUUUUUCGAAGGCAAUGACGUCAUUUUGACAUAAAUUACUUUGAACUUUUCACAUAGUGAACUAAAUUGAUCGUGGAAUUAAUAUAUUGUUCAAUUCUUGUCGAGGUUGGUUGGAGACUGAACGUUUUUUAAUAUUAAUUUUUAUUCUAGUGUGCUAAUGAAAUCGUAUUAAUUUUACUCAUAAUUUGUAAUAUAUUUUAUAAAUGUGCACAUUCCAUUAAUGCAAAACAUGCUUCUUUAGUUUUCGUGUUUUUAUUUGCUCUAUUUAUUUAUUCAAAUAUUUGGUUGUAGUUUUUAAAAACUUUACGCUUAUGUCUCUGUUGGGUAAAGGUGUAUUUAUAUUGCUGCAUGGCGUGGUGUAUACGACCAUUUUGUACGAGACAGUAGCGAUCUGCGCAAGCGUCGGCCUGUCAUGUUCAAACGUGGCACAUACAGGCCACGCCUCCUCACGUAAUGCGAAUACACCUUUAUUCGCGAAACAAUUAGAAAUCGAUUUAUGUAUACUGAAUCAAAUCUUGAUUUCAAAGACAGAAACAAGGAAGUAAUGUUCUGCGUCAAUGGAGUAGUAACGUUAACUUUAAAUUUUCAAUAAAGCACCAGGUUUGAGACGCGGUUGUAUUUGUGCCUGCAGCUUCAGCGCAUUUGCAUCCAGUCACACUGAGGAGCAACGCAACCUCUUGCUUUCUUGAAAGUAAAAAAAUAUAUUUGCUUAUCUUUAAAUGUAACUUUAUGUAUAUUUGAUAGUGAAUCUACUGGGGGAAGUAAGUGUCCAUAACAUUGUGAUAAAACAUCAUGUUUUUCCAUUUAAAAAAAUACUGCUUCGAUUUUUUUUUCGUCUGUAGUUUCAAUAAGAGAGAUUAUUUGUAUAUGAUUUUAGUUUUUUUAAUGUAAUAUUCUUUUAUCGUGAAGAUUUACGAAAUUAAAUUUAAAUUAUAUAAUUUUAUCUUAAUAAUAGAUUUAUUUAUGUUGAUAUUCGGUUCAGGAGCAUUUUGGUCCAACGAAAACCUUGACUAGUAGAGUCGCAGUUCUGUAGUUUGUGACAAAUGUAAAAAAUAAAUAAAGUACAUAAACGAAA